AGUCAAAACCACAGUGAGAUACUACUUCACACCCAUUGGGAUGGCUGUUAUCAAAAGAAACUGAAAAUAACAAGUAUUGGAGAGAAUGUGGAGAAUUGAAACCUUUGUGCAUUGUUUACAAGGAUAAAAUGAUAUAGAAGCUGUGGAAAACAGUGGUAAUUUCCUCAAAAAAUUAAACAUAGAAUUACCGUGUGAUCCAGCAAUUGCACUUCUGGACAUAUACCCGCAUCACAGGGACGCCACCAAAAAGAUUGCUAUGGCAGAAAGAAACCUCACCCUUUUUUAUAGCCAAGCAGACACAACCCCUUAUGUACAUGUUCUCAAGACAAACAGUGAUUAGUCCUCAAGCAAGAGGACAUCAUGGCACCAUUUGUCAAACACAGUUCAUCAGCUUUUGCUGCCAGCUGUUGCUGGAACCCCAUCCAAUCAAGCUUUCCCAUCUACCAUCCACUUUCCUUGUCAGAGGCUGUAAUGUCCUCCCUGUUUCUAAACCCACUGGUUAAUUCAUAGUCUUUGUCUUGUCCUGUCAGCAACUGUUGAUCACUCCCUCUUCCGUUAAACACUUUUUUCUUUUCUUUCUCAUGGCUUGCAGGACAUCCCAGUAUUUAAAGAUAAACUUAAACUAUCAUUUUAAGUCUGGCCAUCUGUUUCAAUUUUCUUUUCUCCUUGUUCACUUUUCAUUUUCUUCUCCUGGUUUUGCCUCAACCCCUGGUCGCUGAUGGGGGCAGGGCCCCAAGCUCCAUCUGGGACCUUUUCUCUGGCCGCACUCGGUGACUUUCCAUAUCAUCCUAUCUUAUGGCUCUAGACACCCUGACAUCUCCCAGUUCCACAUCUCCUUCUCAGACCUCAGCCCUGAACUCCAGACUCCUGUUGUCCAGCGGUACCCUUCACGUCCCUGCUGGCGCGUCUCACAGGCAUCUUCUUGCCACACUGUGCAGACAUUAGCUCCUGGACCCUACAGCCCUGCACAUUUCCGUUAAGAGCUGUGGCAUACCUCCUGGGGCCAGUGUGACCAUCUUGGCUGCUUUUCAAAUAUACAGGAUAUUACAUUAUUCAUAUGUGUUUUAACUUGAGAUACAAAAGAAUUAGAUGUUAAGGUGGAUGAGACAAUACAUAGUUUCCAAAAUUCACUUGGGAUGGGGUAGAAGAAUGUCUGAAGACCACGGGCCUUGCUGAUCUGCUUCCUGCAGUACUCGUGUGACAUCGUCUCCUGCUUGUUUCCUCCCUUCUCACUGAGAUUGAGCCACACAGAUGUCUCUGCUUUUCCCGGAGUCAGGGUCACCUAGAGCUAGUCAGUCAGGGAUUCCUAGAACUCUUUGACCCCUCAAAUGCACAUGGCGGACCUCCUCCUCCAGAUCUUUGUUCUGAUGACACGCCCGCCCCCAUUCUCAGUGGGGCCUUUUCUGAGUCUCUCAUUUAACUUUGCAGCCACACUCCUCCCCCCGCCCUAGCCUGUAAUGCCUGCUCUGUGUGUUUCUCUCCGCUCUUUCCCCUUCCACUAUCCAGAUACAGGGGGCAGGGCCCGAGGAGAGAGCAGGGCCACAGAGUGGGGGGUGUGCUGGAGUUGACCCCUCUGAAUGAUGCUCAACCCUGACUUGCCAUUAGAUUGCUGAGCCAUUUUCAGAUACCUCUUUUGUGCCCAGUUCCCGUAGAGUUUUCUUCUAGGUCAUGGCUGACUAAGUGGCCUCAGGUGAUCGAAUCUGUAUCCAGCCCUGAGCACUAGGGCUGUGGCUCAUCUGUUUCUGAGGACUGAGACCGGCCCUUAAACUAGAGGGGUGGAGGGGGUGCUGUCUUCUGCAUGGCCUUCGGUCAGGACUGGGUCUCUGACCUGAAGGGGAGGGUCAGUCCUUCCUAGGUCCCCACUGCUGCAGCUUGUGUGUGGCUUAACCAGGAGGGGAGUGAGUUCUGAAGAAAGGGGUCAAAAGCCUUACAGCAGAGGACCGUCUAUUCCACAUGCUGAGGUCCUCCCUGUGUGUGGUUGUGGUACAGGAAGGGGGUGUGUCGAUUCCAAGCAUUAAACAACAUCUUUUGACACUCAGGACUGACAUCUCAGGACUCACCUUGCCUGAGAAAGAAGCCCUGAAGAGGAAGAAGAGGAAAGGACAAGGAGUCAGGAAUGACUCUUUCUCAGAUAUGUCUACCAGAUGUGUGAUCAAAGAAUUAUCACCAAAAGAGGACAUUAAUAAUGGAGACUUAUUUCAGACAUUGGCUUUUGAAAGACUUGUAAGUCAUGAUUUUGAUGAUUUUGAUUUCAGUGAAGUCCAGCAAAAUAUGCACAAGUUUGCGAAUCAGUGGGAACAUGAAGAAGAAAGUUACAAAGGAGUGACUACAACCCCUUGCAAAAAUCUCACUGGUAGUAGAGAUCAACAACAUCAUAAAUCCUGGAAUAGUUUUCCUUUAAAGCAGAAUGUUUCUGUAAGAAGUAUGUCUCAAUAUUACAAGUAUUACAAGUCAUAUAUGAGGAAUAAGGAACUAAAAAGUAACGUAGGCUGUUCAGGAAACAAGUGUUUGAAAUGUUUGGAAACUAGGCUUGGAUUAAGCCUUCAUUCACAUUUGGCUGAACUGCAGAUUUUUCAAACUGAGGAGAAGAUUUACGAAUGUAAUCACGUCGAGAAGUCUAUCAAAAACUGUUCCUCAGUUUCACCACUUCAAAUAAUUCCUGCUAGUGUCAAAACCAACAUUUGUAAUAAAAAUGGGAAGGUUUUAACGCAUCCUUCAUUGCUUACACAACACCAGAAAACACAUAUUAGAGAAAAGCCCUACAAAUGUAAUGACUGUGGGAAGGCUUUUAGCCAUUGCUCAGUCUUAGCUAAUCAUCAAAGAAUUCAUUCUGAACAGAGACCUUACAAAUGUAGUGAGUGUGGCAAAACCUUUAACAGACUCUCAAACCUCACAAGGCAUCAGAGAAUUCAUACUGGGGAGAAACCAUAUAAAUGUAACGUAUGUGGUAAGGACUUUAUGAUACGUUCACACCUUUGGGGUCAUGAGCGAAUUCAUACUGGAGAGAAACCUUACAGAUGUAAUGAGUGUGGCAAAGCGUUUUCUGAGCAUUCAAAUCUUGCUCAACAUAAGAGAAUCCAUACUGGAGAGAAACCUUAUAAAUGUCAGGAGUGUGGUAAGGAUUUCACCACACGUUCACACCUUUGGGGCCAUGAGAGAAUCCAUACUGGAGAGAAACCUUACAAAUGUCAUGAGUGUGGCAAAGCCUUCACUGGGAGCUCAAACCUUACUCAACAUAAGAAAGUUCAUACUGGAGAGAAACCAUAUAAAUGUCAUGUAUGUGGCAAGGCCUUCAGUCAGAAUUCAAGCCUUACAGUUCAUCAGAGAAUUCAUACUGGGGAGAAACCUUACAAGUGUCACGAGUGUGGCAAAGCCUUUAAGCAGUACUCAAGUCUCAACAGACACCAGAAUAUACAUGGAGUGAAGAUACAGAUGUAAAGUGUGUGGUAAGGCUUUUAUUAAAUGUUCAUAUGUUUGGAGUGAUGAGAGAAUUUAUACUGGAAAGAAACCUUACAGGAGAAUAUAUUAAGGCCUUCAAGAAAUGACCUGGCCUCAGGACCACCAAAGAUUUCAUAAUGGAGAAAACCUUUACAAAUAUAAUGAGUGAGGUAAAUUGUUUAAGCAGGUUUCAGAAUGUACCGUGCAUCAGGGAAUUAUUAGUAGGGAGAACUAAGUCUAGUCCUUCUUGAAGAUUAGUCAAAUCAUGUUACACUCUGCAGAGUAAUUAAAAGUUAAAAUCAUCUAAAAUUCAUGAGAUGGUGGCGGGGGGGGUCAAAGGAUCAAGGAUGUUUGAAAAGGCCCACUUACCAAGUUAUGAAAUGUUUUUAUUCUUAGAUUUCUUGAUAAGGCUCCAUUUUUAGUGACUUUUAAUCUGAGGUUCAAAAUCUGUUAAUGAUGUUAUAUCUUCAUCACAGACCUCUCAUGUGCUGCCAUGAUGAAACACACCUGUAAAGGAACUUUACACCUGUAAAGGAACUUUUUAAAAAUUUCGGUCCUAAUGUAAAAAGUGAUUUGUUUUAAAUUUUCUUUCCUUUAUUUUUGGUUUUUGUUUUUAAUUUUCAAUUGCACUUGUUCAUUGGUGGUAUAUAUACAUUAACCUUGUAUCCUGCAGCCCUACUGUAGUGUUUUAUUGUACCACACUUUAGGGUAUUAUUGUAUUGUAGGGUAUUUAUUGUAUUGUGGUGUUUUAUGUACCACACUUUAGGAUAUCAUGCAAUUGUUCAAUUCCAGUGAUAGGUGCCACCCCGUUUUGUUCAUGGCAUAAAGAGCCUCUCUGUUACCAUACUAAUGUUGGCGCAGUCUUACAGUCAUUAAAUCCGAAUUGGUCAUGG